UAAAAUCACUCAUUUAUUAUUUCCGCGAAUCGCUGUCUGUUCCUUCCGCCGCAGUUUCCGCGUCAAUCACCGCCGGCCGUCCCGCCCCCUCUCACUCUAAGCCAAUCGCAUGGUUUGACGUUUUGUGACGUAAUUCUAAUAGUUUUGAAACAGAGUUUUGAGUCGAAAACGAAGCGAAAGAAUGAGUCGUUUAUUCAGUUCUAAAGAGAGGAGAAUCAUGGCCUCUAUAUAUCCGACGAAUCAGUUCUUCGAGUUCUACGAAAUGGAUUCUCAAUGUCUUCUCGACUCUGAAGACAAUCCGCUUUUCGGAUCGACUUCUUCUGCAUUUUCCUCUGCAGACGAUUUCGCUCUUGAUUUCUGCGACGGUUGGGCUCUUCGUCCUCCCGAUCAAUGGUCUCCAACCGACACUUCCGACUGGAUGCGCGCCUGGGCCAUACACAACGGUGUUGCGGACCUGGACCUUGCUCAUCUGCUCUAUAACCCAAUGCCGGGCUUCGAAUUGUGUCAAAUGCGUAGAGAGUACUUCACGUCCGUUUGUCCGGCUUUCGGACACCAGAUCUUCGACGCUCUUCAUCAAACGCAAUCCCAAUUCCGUCCCAUUCCUCCCCUCUCUUCCUCCAACUUCCCUUCCGACCUCUUGACCACAACUUGUCUCGAUUUGGACGCUCAUUGCUGUCAAAACGCUUCUCCAUCUUCCGAUUCGGACCGCGAGUCCACGGCCUCCAACCCGACGGCCGUCAAUGAACGCAAACCUUUGUUUUCCACUCAAAUGUGCGCCAAUUCUCUGGCCGUCGACUCAACUCCCGUUCCUACUCCACAAUUGGCCGUAAAGAGAGCUGGACGCAGAGGAAGGCCUCCGAAAAAGGACGCAAAAGUCAGAACAAAAGGAAAUGGAAAACUUUGGGAAUUUAUUCGCGAUCUUCUGCUCAAUUCGGCGACAAAUCCAGGAAUGAUUCGAUGGGAAAGACGUGAAGAUGGCGUCUUCAAGUUCGUCCAGUCCGAUAAAGUGGCCAAAAUGUGGGGCGAACGCAAACAAAACCCGAGAAUGACUUACGAAAAGCUAAGUCGCGCAAUGCGAUAUUACUACAAAUCGCAAGUUUUGCUUCCCGUUUUCGGCCGAAGACUUGUCUACAAAUUCGGUCCAAACGCGACGGGUUGGCGACCGUCUGAGUGCAAGUGAGGGUCAGUGUUGGGUCAGUGGGUCUUUGGGUCGCUUCUCAGUCAACGAAAGCCUCAUUCGUUCGCAUUUUUCAUAUUUAUUAAGAGCUUUAGAGAGAAAGCCUAUAAACCUAUAAACCUAUGCCUUAGUCUUUGAUAUUGCGUCAAUCCGUCCGUCAGUUGUCCGCCGCCGACACCUCUGUCCUGUAAAUAGUCAUCACGUGUACUCCCGAUGAUCUCUAGACUCAUUGUAAAACCGGUAGACUUUAUUUUGUUGUGUUUUUUGUAGAAAUUUAGAAAACGUUUUGUUUUAUAGAAAUUUUAUGCAUUUGUUAUUUGAUUUGUUAUUAAAGACA